UACUUGGUCCGACACAGAAUCCAUUUCCUGCACACUGUUGCAAUACUCCCACACAGUGACAUUAGCUGUUCCUUAAAGAGUCUUUGGCAUUGGUCUGGGAAGCAGCCAUGACUUCUUCCAUGAGAAGCUUGCUGUCUGACCACAGCCGUUAUGUGGAAUCUUUUCGCCUGUUCCUCGAGAAUUCGACGGAGCAUCAGUGUAUGCUGGAAUUCAUCGAGAAGAAGCUGCCAGGCAUAAUAUCAAGUAUCGGUAAUGGAAAAUCUGCAAUCAAUAUUCUUAGCGUUGGUGGUGGUGCAGGAGAAAUUGACCUUCAGAUUCUUGCAAAAGUACAGGCGAAAUAUCCCGGAGCUUUCAUUCAUAACGAUGUGAUAGAACCAAGUGUUGAGCAAAUCACCAAUUACAAAGAACGUGUAGCAAAGACAUCAAACCUUGAGAACAUAAAGUUUACUUGGCACAAGGAGACAUCACUGGAAUACGAAAGUCGAAUGAAGGCGAGUGGCAAUAUGAAGAUGUGGAGCUUCAUCCAUAUGAUUCAGAUGCUGUAUUAUGUAAAAGACAUCUCUGCUACUAUUCAUUUUUUUCACACUCUUUUGGAACCUGGGGCCAAACUCCUUAUUAUUCUUGUCUCAGGAACCAGCAGCUGGUCUAGGUUGUGGAAGAAAUAUGGUCCUCGUUUACCUCUUAAUGAUCUUUGCUUAUACGUUUCAUCCACGGAUGUUGAAGAGAUGCUUAAUGUGGCUGGACUGAAGUAUCAGUCAUAUGACCUUCCAUCUAAUAUGGACAUAACAGAUUGUUUUACUGAAGGAAAUGAAAAGGGGGAGCUGAUGCUUGAUUUUUUGACAGAAACUUGUCAUUUUAGUCAAACUGCCCCACUUGACCUAAAAAAGGAAUUGGUGGAAGACCUGAAAAAUCUUUACAGUGAAAAUAUAGGAGGAAGGUAUUUUUUCAAUAAUACCCUGAGUGCAAUAGUGGUUGAAUCCUCAAAAUGA